AUGGCAGAAACCCCCACCGAGUCCCCCACUGGCACCCCCAUCCAGCCCAUGCACAACCCUGCGCAAGCGGCCCACGUUGUCGUCCCACAGGCACCCCUUGGUAACGCCACCAACGGACAGUACAACCAGCUGCCUGGUAUGGGCGCAAAGGCAUUGCUCGCGAAGAAGUUCGCAAAGACACACAACCCUACCUACGUCUCGCCGACGGACAACAUGAUGACGCCUUGCAGCCAGAAGCUGAACCAGACCAAGAAGAAGCACUUCACAAAGGGUGUCGCGAAGCCAAUGCCUUCUCUCUUCUCUCAGCAGGCAGACGCCAGCUCCGAGUCGGACUCGGAAGAGAGCUCGCCUCAGAACUCCACCGAACCCUCAUCAGAGGGCAAGAUGGCCGAGGACGAGAACCCGUUCUGAACUCGCCCCCUGGCCGUCGGUUGCUGAGGUGUCAUGGAGUUGCUUAUCUGGGGGGCUAAGCCUGCCGCAGACUUGAUCUUUAUUAUUCUGUACGACCAUAUCAUGACGUCUCCUUCCCCUAUCUGUCUUGUCAUCCCGUCCUCUUGUCCCUGUCCUCGUCCUCGUUCCUCGUACUAUUGUUUUGUGUUGCUGUGUCCUCGACUCUCGAUCUCGACAUCCACGGCUCGAUUGAUAGUGCCAAGCGCAUUUGUACUCUCGAUACAGGUCUCUACCGGGGCGUGGUCCCUCGACUCAUUCAUGGGAGAAUACAUGACCUCUCG